AAUCCGCUAUCAAGGAGGCAACAGACGAUUUAAGCAUAUUCUAAACGGUGUGGGCUGUGGUAUUUCCUUUUCCGCGGGACGGGCUUAAACCGCGCACGCGCAGAGGAGGCUGCGCAUAAUGUUGGCUGUAAUGGAUGAAGUGAAUUCUCUCUGAAUUAAGGGCCGUGGAGGGUUUUAUAUCCACGAACAUCGCCCAGUUUCUAGGUCUGGUUUCUUUCCAGAGCCGCUCAAGUGAACUGGAAUCAAUUUUAACACAUAAAUAUGUGAUCAUUUCCGAUGAAUAUGAAACUACAGAGAGUUUACACUGAUCAUUAAAGCGAAUAUGUGAACAAGAAGCAAGCGGGUCAAGUUUUAUUUUCAGUUAUGUGGGACAGUAUCCCUACACAGCGAGCUUUACUGCUUCAAAGCUCAGAAACCGUGUGCAAGGAGAGCCAAACGUCUGUCUAGGCUUUGAUAUCGAACAAGGAUAAACAAUCUAAAACAAGGACAGCCUGUAUUUUUCUUCUUUCUUUUUGUCUUUUCGAGGGACGCUAGCUUGGCUAAAGCUAGCCGAGAGGCGCGAGGCACCCUGGAAACCACCAGUGAUGCCAUCGUGAAGGACAUAUCGUUAAAAAAUUGUCGUUGUUGUUGGGUUUAUAUACUCUUGGAUAUAUUUCGACGCGAUUCGGAGAAGCCACGGGACCGGGGAUGACUUGUGGAUAACCUCUGCGCAUUAAAUCGAGUGCGCAUCUUUGUUUCGCUUCACUCCGAGUCUUCCGUCUGGCGAGAUUUCACACUUUUACCCAACACUGAGCGAUUUCUGCUGUUCAUGUGCUGUCUUGACCGCUUAGGUCCGCGUCUCCGGAGGACAGAGGUAUGCCUGGAUCAGACCGCCUGCAUGGGACCAAGAGGAAGGCUGAAUCGCUCUACCAUCACCAGCUGCAGGCGGCCGGCGGCGGGGAGGGUCAGCCUUUGCACGCGGGCUCCGGUAGGCAUCCCACCAAGACGACGAGCUCGGUGGCUCCUGCCAAGCACAAACGAAACAAGUCCAAACACGAGGCCGAAACCGGCUCCGCGUGCGCUGCCGCCGCGCCUCCAGCAGUGGGCGCCAUCAAGCCUCUGGUGGAGUACGACGACAUCAGCUCCGACUCGGACACGUUCCUGGACUCCCCCGCCACCGGGAAACCGGCGGAGGGCAGAGACGCCGAACGCCUAGAGCGGUCGGACUACGAGGAGGCAGGGGCGGGAGCCGCGAAAGAGAACAGGACUCAUAAACACAAGCGCUCCCGGAAGAAGUCCAAAGACCCCUAUUCGGUCAGGGAGUCUGUGGAGGGGGCAGAAAGUGGCGGCAAGAAGAGCAGUAAGGACCGGGACAGAGCGAGUAAAGAGAGCCGAAAGAAGGCUAAGGAGAAGACUAGCUCAGCUGCGUGCCUUGCAUCCACAUCCAGACGUCCAGGUGAGUCUCUCUCGUCAGGUGCGGUGCAGUCCGCUGUCAGUCUGGGCAGCAGCGCCUCCUCCGCCACCUCCUCCAUCAGUAAGGAAAGUGGGCGCUCGUCAAAAUCUCGCAAAGACAAGCGGAGGAGCGAGGAGUAUGAGGAGGACCGGAGCCAUCGGAAGGCAGCCAAAAGCCACAAGUCGAGCCCUAAAGGGAAGGAUCAGUCCAGGAGAAGCGGAGCGGACAGUCCUUCCACUGCGGAACUCGAGAAUAGCUAUUCCUCCAAGCGCAGUCCGUACAGGGAGCCUCCCAGGCGGAGCAGACAGAGGUCCGAGAGCCCUUAUCGGAGGAGGAGGUCUUCAAGCCCCGAGAAGGAUGGAAGUCCGUAUGUGAGCAGAAAACACUCACCUGGCAGUCCUUACGGCAACCGACGCUCAUCCAGCACUAGUCCGGUGUCCAGGCCUUCUCUUCGUUCUCGGAGCCGUUCUCCUCACUACUCUUCCUCUCGCCGCUCCUCUUCCCGUUCUCGCACUAAGAAACAUUCUUUAUAUUCUGGAGGAGCCAGCAGAGGCUCCUCCCACAGCAGUCGACCAGGUAGCCGCUCCCCAUCGUCUUCACGUUUGCCGAUCACCUCCAGCCUGGGGGCCGAGCUGACGCGGAAAAAGAAGGAACGUCAGGCGGCGGCCGCCAAAAACUCCCCCUCCCUCCGCUCCAACACGUCCAACGUCUCAAAUGCAUCGGUGAAAAACACUGAGGUGCCACCACUAGAGACGGCCCCGCCCCCAGAGCCUCAAAGACCGCCCUCCCCACCUGCGAAUACUGUUGCGGCGGAGGAGCCCACUGUGGUUCCUCCACCACCUCUCCCAUUAUCCAGUCCACCUCCGCUGCCUCUCUCAUCUCCUCCGCCUCUCCCGGCGAACUCUCCUCCUCCUCCUCUUCCUCUCUCAUCCCCUCCACCUCUUCCUCUAAACAGCCCUCCGCCUGCUCCUCCACCCUCAGCACCUGCCACACCUGCUGCGUCUCGCACGAAAAGCCCCAAACAGAAACAUACGCAAAGUCCCGCACACCUGAUUAAGACCUCCACACUUCCACCUCUUCCCCUGCCGCCGGUUCUUCUGGGAGACUGCAGAGACAGUCCAAAGAAGAGCGGUCUUUCCCAGAAAUCAUCACGAAAGGACAGGGAGAAAGAAAAGGAAAAAGAAAUCAGGACACGCCUUCUCAGUGAGUUGCCCCUCCCUCCAAUUCUUCCUGGAGGAGACCCCUCCCCUCCACAGUCCCCUGCUCGAGAAUCCCCACUGCUUCUGCAACCAACCUUCAAGAAGAGACCAAAGAUUUGCUGUUCUAGAUAUGGAGAGAGGAAGCAGACUCAAACUGACUGGGGCAAGCGCUGUGUGGAUAAGUUUGACAUCAUCGGCAUCAUUGGAGAAGGAACCUACGGUCAAGUGUACAAGGCAAAGGACAAAGACACAGGAGAGCUGGUGGCAUUGAAGAAGGUGAGAUUGGAUAAUGAAAAGGAGGGUUUCCCCAUCACUGCCAUCAGAGAGAUCAAGAUCCUGAGACAACUCAACCAUCGCAGUGUCGUCAACAUGAAAGAAAUUGUCACUGAUAAACAAGAUGCACUUGACUUCAAAAAGGAUAAAGGUGCAUUUUACCUGGUGUUUGAGUACAUGGACCAUGACCUGAUGGGGCUCCUGGAAUCGGGGCUGGUUUCUUUCUCCCAAGAGCAUGUGCAGAGCUUCAUGCGUCAGCUGAUGGAGGGAUUAGAUUAUUGCCACAAAAAGAAUUUUCUACACCGAGACAUCAAGUGCUCCAAUAUCCUGCUAAAUAACAGUGGUCAGAUCAAGCUUGCCGAUUUUGGUUUGGCUCGUCUUUAUAACUCUGAGGAAAGUCGGCCUUACACUAAUAAGGUGAUCACACUGUGGUACCGCCCACCUGAGCUGCUACUGGGAGAGGAGAGAUACUCUCCUGCUAUUGAUGUCUGGAGUUGCGGGUGUAUUUUGGGAGAACUCUUCACCAAGAAACCAAUUUUCCAGGCAAACCAAGAGCUUCUGCAGCUUGAGCUGAUCAGUCGUUUGUGUGGUAGUCCGUGUCCUGCUGCUUGGCCAGAUGUAAUUAAGCUGCCGUACUUUAAUACCAUGAGACCCAAGAAACAGUACAGACGACGCUUACGGGAGGAAUUCGCUUUUCUGCCCACCUUUGCUCUUGACCUGCUGGACCACAUGUUGACGCUGGACCCCUCGAGGCGCUGCACGGCUGAACAGGCCCUGGCGAGCCAGUUUCUGUGUGAUGUGGAGCCCAACAAGAUGCCGCCACCCGAUUUGCCUCAUUGGCAAGACUGUCAUGAGCUCUGGAGCAAGAAGCGGCGGCGGCAGAGGCAAAGCGGAGUGCCUGAGGAUUUCCCUGUUGCCAAAGUUCCCCGAAAGGAACCCGCAGGACCUUCAGGAGGGGAGAACAGCCGCCCGCCGCCGAGUCCACCACCCCCACCACCCUCAUCUGCCCAUCCCGCACCAGCAAACAUCACAGCCAGUGAGUUGGAAGGUUUGGGAGCCGCAGCAGAGCAGUUGAACCAGACCGAGCUGGCAGUGCUGCUGAACCUGCUGCAGGGUCAAACAGACAAUCUAAGCAUCCCGCAGAUGGCCGAGUACGUCCUCUCCUCUAGCCUCCACGAAGACCAGGCCGGCCUGCUCACGCUCCAAAUUGCUCACGCUCCUUUGGAGCAGCUGAAAAGGCCCCAGCGCCGGGCGGAGCAGGCAGACGAAAGCAACGCAGACCCCCCCCAUAAGAGUACACCACAAGACGCCUCCCCUCCUCUCAUGGGCGGACAGGGCAUCUCUAGUUAG